AUCUACACCGUACCGGAAUAAAACUCCUUAAGCCUCAAGUCUAUUAAAUGAUGCAGGAGAUGAUAUCUUCUCCUUCAAAGUCUUAAACCCUAGCCGCUCAAUUCAUUCUUUCUGAAUCUCUCUCUCCAUCUUCUCUUCUUAAAGUAAAGUGCUAUAAUGGCAUUUUCUAGCAAAUUAGGAAGCCUUCUAAGGCUAAAUGGUCAAAUUCCCGCAACAUCUAUCCUUAACUCUAUUCGCUGCAUGUCGACAUCAACGAAAAAGCUCUUUAUCGGAGGCCUUUCAUUUGGAACUGAUGAUCAAACUCUUAAGGAAGCAUUUUCCGGAUUUGGUGAUGUCACAGAAGCUAAGAUUAUCAUCGAUAGAGACACUGGGAGGUCUAGGGGCUUUGGUUUUGUAAACUUUGCUCAUGAUGAAUCUGCCAGCAAUGCCUUGUCAGCCAUGGAUGGUCAGGAACUCAAUGGACGAAAUAUUCGAGUGAGUUAUGCGAAUGAAAGGCCUCCCGGACCUCGGUCGUUUGGUGGUAAUGGUGGCUUCCGUGGUGAUAGGGAUUCUGGUUACUAGGUAUUGCAUCAAAAUCUUUGCUUAUAGAUUUGAUGAUGCAGUUAAUUCGAUUUCGUUAUUGUGCUAGACUUAUGCAAACUACAUUAUGUAGUUUGUUCAAGAUUUCCUACAUGUUACAAUCUAAUAUUUAUAUUGGCAAGGUAAGCUUUUGACC